UUGACCAUGCACUUCAUUUUCAAUUUCCUCAUGCAAAGUCUCAUGAGAACCCUCCCCCACUGCACAGCUGGUAUUCAGAAAAAUAAAAAAAAUAAUUCUACACAAACCAAUUCAGCAGAUGAAAUCUGUGCAGCACAGAAGAAUAGGGUUGACAGGAAGACACUCCCUUUCGACAAAUGCCACAGACUUCACAGUGCUUCUUUUUAAAAUUAGCAUUCCAGAAAGUGACUCCACAUUUUGAAAGAAGAACAGAGAAAAGGCUUUUUCAGAAGUAGGUCAACAUGGUGGUAUAGCACAGAUGGAACAGACUGCUGCAUGAAAGCUACUCUUGACAUCAUCAUGGAGACAAAUCACUGUGUUUUCCACGUGUUUCUCUGCAUUUCUCUGAUCUUGACACACUGGCACAAGGGGUCAGCUUGCCACACAGGCUCUCAGGUAGAAUGUGAGAAAGCCCCAUUUGUGCCUGGUUACAACUUGGCGGGUGAAGGCUUUGAUGUUGUCAGGAUGCGCCGUAAAGGUGCCUUUUUGAUCAAUGUCAAGUCACACAUGGAUAAUGGCACUUGUACUGUCUGCAAGAACCGCUUUCAGGGAGGGCAGAUGCAGAAACUUCCCUCAGCUGUGCUGGACUGGCGUCCCUUCAGCCGCUGCAGCAAACAGCUUUCUAGUGCUCUUCAUCAUUCUGUCGACUCCCUAAUGAAGAGUUCAACGUCACUCAUCAAUAACAACUGGGAAAUGGACCUUAGCCUGGAUAACAUAGGAAAGGCAAUUUUUGGAGGGAGUCGUUCAGAUAUUGCUAAAUUUGCCCAAUCUCAGAAUGCAAUGGAUAAGGCAACAUUUGCCCUCCAUGAGCUCAGCUGCACAUAUUACAGUUACAGAGUUACAGACCACCCAGAGCUCAGCACUGAAUUCUCAAAACACCUUCAGCGACUUCCGACACAAUAUGACGAGGAAACAAAACCCCUGUACCGAAGAACUAUAGAUACUUACGGCACUCACUACAUACGUCAAGUCCAUCUGGGAGGGCGAGUGAGGCGGGCCACAGCUUUCCGAACUUGUCUUGCAACACUGAAGGGUUUCUCAGAGACUGAUAUCAAGAACUGUCUGAAUAUUGAGUUAAAGAUGACUUUGGGUUUCCUUCCAGCUAAUGCCUCACUUUCCAACAAAUGCUCUCAAAUCCUUAAAGAUAACUUGAGCAUGGGAUUCUACCAGGGCUUCAUGACACACAAGAUAGAAGUGUUGGGAGGCGAAAAAUACUUUCCAGACCUAGUUUUAAACAAAAGCCCGGCUGAAUCUUACUCAGACUGGAUGAUGAGCUUGCAUGACAAUCCUGAAGUCAUAUCAUAUGCAAUUUUCCCUCUCCAUCACCUGGUGGCUGAUCCUGAGGUUAGUGUCAAUCUAAAAAGAGCAGUAACUGCGUAUAUUGAAGAAAACAGGCUUUCUGUAAAUCACAAAGAGGAUCAAGGAUGCUCACAAACACCAAAUCUGGACCACAAUUGCUGUCCUAUGCGAGCCGGCCGUGGCAAGUUAGAAGUGUUUGUACAGAGAGCCGCAGGCCUGAAAGCAGAUCUCUUCACACGUACUGACGGUUACGUGAAAGUUUGGUACAACCUCAUGUAUGAGGAGACUGAGGUGGUUAUGGACAAUAAUGAUCCCGAAUGGAACACCAGCUAUGAUUUUGGAUCAGUCGAGUUUGGUCACGAACUCAUAUUUGAGGUUUGGGACAUUGAUGUCAUUUAUAAUGACAUGGUGGGGAGAUGCGUGGUCAGCCCUGAACGUGGAACUCAUUCACACAGCUGUAAAUUAAAGAGAGGCAUCCUGUAUUUCACCUACAAUGCAUUUUGUGAUGCUCAUCUAACAGGACCCAGGUGUAGCAGAUAUUCACCAAAAACAUAAGACCUUGUAUUUGUAUAGAACAAAUGACACAAAGAGAAAAUGAAGCAUAUUUAGAAUGAAGAAUAUUUAUGUAUAUUGCUUUUAAGAUAGUUGUAUAGACGUAUAAAAAAUGGUUACAUUUAGAAAAAAAAAAAAGUUAAUAUACAAGUAGUGUAUAUAAGGGUAUAUAGGUAGUGUGUUCAAAUGAAACUUCAAAUUUUGAUAUCUCGAGGAAAAAGAGGUUUUAGCUGUUGGUGUUUUUUUUCUUCUUCUCAAGACUAAUAGAUUAUUACUGCAUUUGUUCUACUACAGAAAUUAGUUUUGCUUUCAAUGGUCUGAUUCCUGUGUGUGUUUGUAGUUUACUGGUUCAAUAAAGACCCAAAGUGCACAA